UAAAAAUUUGGAUUAUUAUUAUUUCCGGUGACCAACUUCCGGUCACUUUAAUUACUAUCUCUAUGACAACUGCUUCACAAAUAAUAUUCAUUAGACACUUUAAAGAUAAUCUCGCUUAUUCGGAACUAAAAUUUUGGGAUCUGGUUGGUGACUACGUUUUGCCACACAAACAUACAAAAUUUAAAGCCAUUUUUGACGAUCGUCAACCAAAUUGGGAGGACAUCUAA